AUACCACAGUAAUGACACUGAAAUAAAGUGAGCAUAAAUAUGAAUUGCACAUAAAGAACAUAAUUGUAGACUUACAGUGGAAAGUGAAUUUAUUUGGCACUUCAAAAACUAUUGAUAAAUUUCAUUAAUUUAAAUCAAUUUUAUUGAAUGGAUUCAUAAGAAAUGUAUAUUCAUGUGAACCAGACUUAACACACCAGAUUUUCAAUAAAAAAAUCGAAACUAAAAAUUAAAUAAUUAAUUAUUUCUUCUUAAAGGGAAUGAUUAUUUCAUUUAAAUAUUUUUUAUAAUUAUUUUGCCUAGCAUUGUUACUUUGAAGAAUAGAGAAUAAACAAUCGUCAUUUACAUGACGAUACGAUACUCAUUCAUUUUAUAAAUUUGAAUUAGAUAAGAUGAAAGAUAUUUUGUUAGAAUGUAUCCUACAGUCUAAUCCGAAUGAAAAUUCUGAGAAAUGCCUCUCAAUUGUUUAAAUAAUAAAAAUAAAGUGCAAGCGUGUAGCGUAAAACACGUGUAUUGAAUUGAUUGGAAAAUUGAAAAAUGACAUCAGAAAUACAGUGGCAGAAAAAUUUGUAUGAGAAUUAUGGAUUUCCAGACAAUUAUACGGACAGUUCAUUUUUGAAACAGCUACGGAAAAACAUAAAGCCAAAUAAUGUCACGAUAAUUGAAGCGAUCACUUUUGGUGCCACUAUAUGUAUUCAAUUAAAUAUCGUAGUUUUCUUUGUUAUUAUAUUUAUUUGGCUAAACAAAGAGUGGACCACGCCAAACGUUAUAUUUGUAUCAACCGUAGUUUUAUCUGUAUUAGGUUACCUUAUGUACUGUCUAAAAGAACCGAACACUUUAAACAAAUUAACAAAAGACUUUAGAACAGUGUUAAUCUUUCUUACAUUCGGUUACAUUUUAUCACCAGUUUUGAAGACUUUAACUGAAACGAUCAGUACCGAUACAAUUUAUGUCAUGACAAUACUGAUGUUUCUAACGCAUUUAAUAUUCAGUAAAUAUGGCUCCCUGCAAAUUUCUUUGUCCGAAUCUUUGUCAAUAACGUCUUCAAUUUUUGGUUCAUUAAUGUUGGCUUCUAGAUUGGCAUCUCCACUGCAUGCUUUCUCACUUCUUACAGUUGCAAUGCAAUGUUUUGUUUUGUUACCAUUCUUAAUAUAUAAAUUAAGUAACAAAAUACUUAUUUCGAGUAUCUCAACUUUCUGUACUGUAUAUUUUCUUUUAUUCAUUUCACAAACGAUCUCCUAUGUUUUCAUUGUAUCCAUAGUUUUUGUUCAUUUUGUAUGUCCUUAUUGGUAUGUACAGUGUCAGAGAUACAAGGACAAUAUUUAUGGUCCUUGGGACGAAGCUGUUAUCACUUCUUAGAACCCGUAUUAUAAAUAAAUUGUAAAUAUAUUUCAUGGUACAUGAUUAAAUGAUACAACUUACGAAGGAUUUCUUAUUAAAAUGACAACAUUUACUUAAUUUAUUAAUAAUAGAUCCCACAAUUAAUAUAGUAACAGAAUAAAACUGUGGAAGAAUAUUUUCAUGUAUUAUUGGAUCCAACAAAAAUAUUACAAAUGCGAUCAACAAACAUUAUUUUAACUAUUCAAUUGUAAUCUGUGAAUUUUAAUUCAUAAAAAUAGGUGAGUAUCCGUUUGGCAAAAUACUUUGUAAGUACUCGAAAAUAAACAAUUGAAAAUUAUACUGAAACCAUUAAGUUCUGAUCAGUCAAAUUCAAGUUCUUUAAUAAAUACUGUUCAUGUGAUUUUCGAUAGACGUUCGUAAAUAUACAUGGACAUAUGAAAAAAUAUGCUCUUGUACAUUCGAAUCGUUGUGCAGAAAUAUGAAUUUACUGUACAAUUAUAAAUUGUAAUAAUCUUUUAAUUCUCCUCACAAGUGCUUCGAUGAAGCUGUGAUCGACCGUUGCAUAUUCACUAUGUGUAUCUAACAACUGUGUAAUAAAACUGUCCGUAAAAGUAGAAACAAGGCCUUGCUUGAGUUCCAUCAGCGUCUCUGACGAUACUUUCCAUGUGACCAUAUCUUCGUCUAUGCCUCCCGAUGAUACUGGUAAACAAAGGAACAUAACAUUAGUCUACUAAUCACAAUUAUUACGAGCUACGGUUUAUAAGCAGUGGAUCGAUCACAAGUAACCGUUAUAUUUCAGUGGAACAAAAAAUACCGAUUACCUUGCAUCCGACUAUGUCGCGAUAUGACCUGUAUCAUAUAAAAGUCCAAAUGACUCCAGAGAAUGUACAAAGCAUGUUCAAUGAUCAGAGAACAGUAUUUAAUGGUUUGACGUUUCUCUUUCACCCAGCGAUUCAAUCGCUGUUCCACUAUUACCCUCUGCUUCCGCACAGCUAGUUCCGCUUCUUCCUCGGACAUGUAUUCCUUCAGCUCUGUAGUACUCAUUUCCGUCACCAUCGCGACCUUUUUUAUAAGAGCUUCUAUAUGUGGCAGUU